GUAAAGACUGCGCGGGUAGCCUGUGCACGCGGGUCAUACAUUGUUAUGAAGAUUGCUUGCAAGUUACUUGCUGAAACAUAUUUGUAACUAGUUUAUUCACAACUAAACAAAAAUGGCAGAUUCACAAGACGACAAGCUUUACAAAGCGGAGUAUGCGAAAAGUGGACGGGCAUCUUGCAAAAAAUGCAAAGAAAAUAUUGCUAAAGACUCCCUUCGAAUGGCAAUAAUGGUGCAGUCUCCCAUGUUUGAUGGUAAAGUCCCACACUGGCAUCACUUCUCCUGUUUCUGGCUGCGGGCAGCAGUGCAGUCAUCGGCGGACAUUUCUGGUUUCUCGGGCCUUCGCUGGGAGGACCAGGAGAAGGUGAAGAAAGCCAUUGAGUCUGGGGGCGCCACCGGAGGAAAGAGUGGACAGAAAGGAGGAGCCAAAGGAGAGAAGACUCUGAAUGACUUUGCAGUGGAGUACGCAAAGUCAAACCGGAGCACCUGCAAGGGCUGUGAGCAGAAAAUAGAGAAAGACCAAAUCCGUGUGUCCAAGAAGUCUGUGGACCCGGAGAAGCCGCAGCUGGGCCUGAUCGACCGCUGGUACCACACGGCCUGCUUCGUGAGCCGGCGGGAGGAGCUGGCCUUCAGGCCCGACUGCAGCGGCGCCCAGCUCAAAGGCUUUGCCGCGCUCAAAGCCGAGGACAAGGAGGAGCUGAAGCAGAGGCUGCCGGCGGUGAAGGCGGAAGGAAAGAGGAAGGCAGAAGAAGUUGAUGGCGAGACAGCCAAGAAGCAGAAGAAGGAUGAGAAACAGGAGAAGCAGUUUGAAAUGCGAUUGAAGGAGCAGAGCCAGCUGAUCUGGAGCAUCAAGGACAAGCUAAAGAAUUUCUGCUCCACUAACGAUAUGAAAGAACUGCUCAUUGCUAAUGGACAGGACGUCCCUUCAGGCGAGUCAAACAUCAUGGACAGUCUAGCAGAUUGCAUGGCCUUUGGAGCUCUGAAACCAUGUGAGGAAUGCGAGGGCCAGCUGGUGUUCAAGAGCGAUGCAUACUACUGCAACGGUGACAUCUCUGCCUGGACCAAGUGUGUGUUCAAGACCCAGAUACCCAACCGCAAGGACUGGGUCACGCCCAAGGAAUUCCACGAGAUUCCUUUCCUCAAGAAGUUCAAGUUUAAGCGUCAGGACCGGCUGUUCCCCAAAAUUGAGGCCGUGUCCGCUCCAAAGACUGCGCCAUCUACUGCUGGCGUAUCUAGUGCCCCUCUUGAACCCACGCCUGCUCCCAUACCAUCAGACAAACCGCUGACGGGGAUGAAGAUCCUGGCGGUGGGGAAACUGGGGAAGAACAAGGACGAGCUGAAGGCCGCCGUGGAGGAGCUGGGAGGGAAGAUCACUGGGACGGCCAACAAAGCUUCGGUCUGCGUCAGCACCAAGAAGGAGGUCGAGAAGCUGAGCAAGAAAAUGGAGGAGGUGAAGGCAGCUGGCGUGCGGGUGGUGUCUGAGGAGUUCCUCACUGACAUAAAGUCUUCUGGCAAGGCCCUGCAGGAGCUCAUCUUCCUCCAUGCCAUAUCCCCCUGGGGGGCAGAGGUCAAACUUGAAACCCCUGCCCCCACCACAGCCUCCAAGACCAGCGGAGCUAAUGCCGGGAAGAGCACCGGCAGAGUCAAGGAGGAGGAAGGUGGUUCCAAAGCCAAGAAGAUGAAGCUAACGGUUAAAGGAGGGGCAGCAGUGGACCCAGAUUCAGGUCUUGAGAACUGCGCUCAUGUCCUGGAUCAGAACGGUAAGAUCUUCAGUGCCACCCUGGGGCUGGUGGACAUUGUCAGAGGCACCAACUCCUACUACAAACUGCAGCUGCUGGAGGAUGACGUGCAGAAGCGGUAUUGGGUAUUCAGGUCUUGGGGUCGGGUGGGCACCACCAUUGGAGGAAAUAAGCUGGACAAGUUCUAUGACAAGAACUCUGCUAUGGACAACUUUCGCAACCUGUAUGAGGAGAAGACUGGGAACUCCUGGACCUCCACCAACUUCACCAAAUACCCCAACAAAUUCUACCCUCUGGAGAUAGACUAUGGACAGGAUGAGGAAGCCGUGAAGAAACUGACAGCCAGUGCAGGCACAAAGUCGCAGCUUCAGAAACCCGUGCAGGAGCUCAUCCGCAUGAUCUUCGAUGUGGAGAGCAUGAAGAAGGCCAUGGUGGAGUUUGAGAUUGAUCUGCAAAAGAUGCCCUUGGGAAAGCUGAGCAAAAGGCAGAUCCAGAGUGCGUACUCCAUUCUGAGUGAGGUGCAGCAGGCGGUGUCUGAUAGUGCUUCCGAGUCUCACAUCCUGGACCUGUCCAACCGCUUCUACACACUAAUACCUCACGACUUUGGGAUGAAGAAACCACCUCUUUUGAGUGACCUGGACUACAUUCAGGCCAAAGUCCAAAUGUUGGACAACCUUCUGGAUAUCGAGGUGGCCUACAGUCUCCUCAGAGGUGGAGCUGAAGACAAUAAGAAGGACCCCAUUGACAUCAACUAUGAGAAACUGAAGACCAGGAUUGAAGUUGUUGACAAAACAUGUGAGGAAGCCGAGAUUAUUCUACAAUACGUCAAGAACACACAUGCUGCUACCCACAAUACCUAUACACUUGAAGUCGAGGAGAUUUUCAAGGUGAAAAGGGAAGGCGAGUACCAGCGUUACCGGCCUUUCGAAGACCUGCCCAACCGGCAGCUGCUGUGGCACGGCUCCCGCGCCACCAACUACGCCGGUAUCCUGUCUCAGGGACUGCGCAUCGCGCCCCCCGAGGCCCCUGUGACUGGUUACAUGUUUGGCAAAGGUGUGUACUUUGCUGACAUGGUAUCGAAGAGUGCAAACUACUGCCACACCUCCCAGUCUGACCCCGUGGGCCUCAUCCUGCUGGGAGAAGUCGCCCUCGGCAACAUGCAUGAACUGAAGAAGGCAUCACAUAUCACAAAAUUACCUAAGGGUAAACACAGUGUGAAAGGAUUGGGUAGAAAUGCUCCUGACCCCAGUGCUACAGUCACUUUAGAUGGGGUACAGGUGCCCCUUGGUAAAGGAAUCAACACCAAUAUUGAAGACACAAGCCUUCUCUACAAUGAGUAUAUUGUGUAUGAUGUGGCACAAGUGAACUUGAAAUACCUGCUGAAGAUCAAGUUCAACUACCAGACAUCCCUGUGGUGAAGCCCCAUCGUCAAAGGGCCAGCCGGCACCAUUGCUCUGCCAGGGCCUCAAUGUCCCAUCCCACAAUGCAGACAUCUGUGAUAAAGGAGCCAGUGAUAUCCAAGACCCAACCACUUUCUUUUUCUCCUUUCGGUAGUUUGAAAUCUCGACUGUUCAGAGGAUAUUACUCUAGAUAAUGGCUUGGAAUCUGUGCACAGCGAGAUUUGUGCUUCUCAUUUGUUUGACCUCAACCUUGAAUUACAACAAUAUAUUGAAAACAACAUCUCAGUGCAAUUAUCCAGGGUGACUUAGUUUAGAUAUCUGUCAAGAGUGGAACGCUUACCUUGGGUAAGAAUCUAUUUCAAAAUGUAAAAUUUCUCACUUUCCUGUGCCGCUAGUCCUAGGUAGUAGGAAGAGGAGGAGGAGUAGGCGUAGACGUAUUCUCAAACAUGAUUCUCUCAAUAUGCAAUGACGUCCAAGGUCAGAGAGAAUAUUGCAUAUUGUCAUAAAGAAGAUAUUUAAUACCCUUUCAUGGUUUGGUGGGUGAAAUUGGUGCACUUGCUCCUGCCAAUUGUUGGCACAUGAGAACUGACAAAAAAAGAAACAGCCUAGGAUUAACAUGAAGCACUGUUUGUGGUAUUAAUCUAAUCUGUGCAUUCAGCAAAGGGUAUUCAUUUUAUGAACAGAUUCAGUUUCUACUGAAUUUAGCAGUAGCUGACCGUUAUUACUGUAGUGUUCCUCGUAUAAAUGUUAACAGUAACAUGUAGGCUGUUCAUAAUGAAAGUGCAUACAGGGUUGCAAUUGUAUUUGUUUUGUUAUAUUUGUUUUCUCUGCCACAAAGACUGAAACGGUAAUAUAAUUAAAAUGUUUCGGUCUACUGCAUUCAAGGUUUCCUUUUUUUCCAGAAAGAAAUGUUUUUAGCAUUGUAAGAUUGAUUUUCAAUUCACUGUUACUCCUUUUGUUUUUGCACAGAAUAAAGCCUGUUAAUCUUUCUCCUUA